AUGUUAUCUGAUCUGCGUCACUUUUACUCUUCGAUUACAUCGCUUGGAACUGAUAAAAUACUAGCAGCACUACCGAAGUCUACGUUGCAAACAUUAUCGAUGAAAUUAAUAGAACUGAAUCUAGCGCUUAGCGAUCAAUUUAUAUCAGUUAUCAAUUUAUCGAUAUCAUAUUGUUCCAUACAGAAAUUAUGUCAGUUUUUUAGAUACGUACCUAAGUUAAAAUAUCUCAAUGUCCAACACUUCCAUCAAUUUGAUGACUUAGAAUUGAAAGAGAAAGUAGUUAAUCUGACUAAUGAAUAUAUUGCUAUUCAUUUGAAACAUUUGAUUAUUCAUGAUUUUAUGGGUUCAUUUGAUUCUCUCGAGAUACUCUUGAAGAAAAUACCAAAUUUGAAAAGUUUAACAAUAUCUGCUUAUUCUGAUAACGAAGAAGAUAUCAUUGAUGCUUGUCGUUGGCAACAUUUGAUUACAUCUUCACUACCUUUCUUAGAUGUUUUCAAAUUCAUGUUCUCUGUCCUAUUUUUAAGUGAAAUCUAUGACAUUGGUAAUAGGCUUUUACCCUUUCAAAGUGAUUUUUGGCAUCAACAACAUCAUUGGUACAUUGAAUGUGCAUUCUCAAACGAGCGUAUACUCAUUUAUACUACACCUUAUUUAUCAAAUGAAUAUUUCCUUCAAUCAUACACCAAAAUAUAUUGUAAUACAUCGAAUACUACUAUCGAUCCAUAA